AUGGCGACCUGGUUGGCUAUUGCGAUGAAGGAGGGCGAAACUGCGACGAUGCAAGUGAUCCUCGGACAGAUGAAGGUGGACGGACCACGGCUCGCAUGCAGUGGGAAUUUGACUGAAUUCUUCACGAACCUUCCACACAGCAGCAACGACGAUCAAUACCCCGUCGUCCUUUGA